AUGUCCGGGAGCGCAGGGAUUCAGCAGGGCUCCCCGGCCAUCGGUGCAGCGGGAUCGGCGCCUGCGGCUCCGGGAGCCGGGGGAACGGAGGGUUCGGGCGCCACGGUAGGUUCGGCACGAAUCGCCGUGAAGAAGGCGCAGCUCCGCUCCUCCCCGCGCCCGAAAAAACUGGAGAAGCUCGGAGUUUAUUCAUCUUGCAAGGUAGUUUUAAGUCGUCCAUUAUUACAUUAUUUAGCAAUUCUACAUUUUGUAAUGUUUUGCAAGUGGAUUGUGUAUCAGAUGCUUAUUGGUUUGCAGUGCUACCAAAAUGCAAGCGCAGCAAAGGAAGCCAUUGCUGCGCUUGCAUUUUUCAUAUCCCUCAUGCUCUAGUUAUGCAAAAUGAUCCUAUUGGAAAUAAACAUCAGGAAAAAAACCGGCUGAAUGAUCAGUCCUGGCGCUCCUAUAUUUACUAUUACAAUGUAAAAAUAUUUAUUUCUAGGCGGGAGUGGACUGUAAACAUUCUCUUGGCUCUUUGACAAAUUCAGGUUAGCGAGCAUAAUGCCUUGGUGAGUAAUGCCUCAAGCAAGGGGAGUGUACGGGGCGUAAUUCACCCCACUGGAAUAGUGACAGUGUAUUUUUGCGGUCUGUCAGCGCACCGUGGUAAAUAGAAAGUAUUUAUUGCAGUUAUAUAUCAUCUGCAGGGAGAGAGAGUGUCUUUGUUUUGACAGGGUGACAGCUGCUGGGUGCAGAGUUUGUUGUUGUGCCUUGGCUCAUGUCCCUGUGCACAGCUCGGCUCCAGCUAAGAGUUGUAGUGAGAGAGAGGGCAGUCCCACCAGGCAUUGCCUCGCUAUGCCACUUUGUAGCCAAGCUGUCUGUCUUUGUCAACUUGUGCAUAUAUCAGAGAAGUUCAAUGGGAUUUUUCCUAUUACAUUAUGUUUCUAAACAUGUGUGUGUGUAUGUGUGUUUCUAACCCUUGCAACCCUGUGCUGUAGGCUGAGGGGGCCUGUAAGUGUAACAGCUGGAAGAGCCAGAACCCCCCUCCCACACCACCCAGUACGGACCAGCAGCCCAACACUGUCAACCUUCAGGAGCCCUGCCGUAGCUGCUCUCACACACUGGGUAAGACUACGGGGACAGAGGGUUGAGGGAGAGGGUUGAGAGAGGAGACGUUAGGAGGGGUUGCCCUGUGUACCUGAGGGGGAGAGAGGGUCAGAGGGGGGACAUGGGGAUGCGGUGCCACUGCCACGUGUACCAGAGGAAGAGGGGGGGGGGGACAGAGAGCAUGCAGUGUGCCCUGAAGGCAGGCAGGCAGGCAGGAGAGUGAGAUGUGGGUGUAAGGGCAUGAUAUAGGCAGGUGGAAUGUUCUAGAAAUCCAGGUAAUAAGGAGGUAACAGGUUUUCAGGGGCACAUUGGUCAUCAAAACAAAAGUCUGCCUUCUCUCUCUCGCUCUCUCAUUCUCUCACUGUCUCUCCUUUUCAGGUGAUCAUGUGACCCACCUGGAAAACGUCUCAGAGGAGGAGAUGAACAGGCUUCUGGGUAUUGCCCUGGACGUGGAGUAUCUGAACACAUGUGUCCACAAAGAGGAGGACGCUGACACCAAACAAGUCUACUUCUCCCUCUUCAAGGUAGGCCACAGCUCAACAUGUCAACAACACAUUACUUUCAGUGCAUCAAUUUCCUUCUUCUUCUUCUUCUUCUUCUUUCUUCUUCUUCUUCUUCUUCUUCUUCUUCUUCUUCUUCUUCUUCUUCUUCUUCUUCUUCAGCUGUUGAGGAAAUGCAUCCUACAGAUGGGCAAACCUGUGGUGGAGGCACAGGAGAGUCCUCCGUUUGAGAAACCUAGCAUCGAACAGGCAAGUGUACACACACAAGCCUAGCAGAAAAAUAAAAAUUCAGAUCACACUUACACAAGAUGUACACAUUAUAUUUUGUUUACAUGAUCUCUGUGUCACUUCAACAGGGGGUGAAUAACUUUGUCCAGUACAAGUUCAGCCAUCUUCCCUCCAAGGAGCGUCAGACCAUCGUGGAGCUGGCCAAGAUGUUCCUCAACCAGAUCAACUACUGGCAGCUGGAGACACCCUCACAGAGACGACAGCGGGCGCCUGCUGAUGAUGCCGCCGGGUACAAAGUCAACUACACCAGGUAGCAGGAGCCCUUUGAUGAUACGAUUGCAACUUCUGGCAGGCGCGCUUUGAUGAUGCGUUCACAGUAAUGACAUGUUUAUUCCUAAUGCACUGACCACACUGUGGGCUGGCUUAAAGUUCUUAAUGCUUACAUGCUGACUACACCAGGCACGCCAUCCAACACAUGUAGAUUUUGUCCAUCCACACCAGACGUGAUCAGGACACUCAGGUUUAAAUAUCAAAACGAACCAACUAUAUUAAUUUGGGGAAAGGUCGAAACACAUAUGAAAGAUUCAUGGACAUUUAGCUAGCUAGCUUGCUGUUGCUAGGUAAUUUGUCCUGGGAUAUAAACAUUGUGUUGUUGUUUUAUCUAAAAUGUACUAUGUCCUUUUUUUUCUGGAUCUUUGUAGAAUUUUGACCCAUUUUGAGUCACACAAAAUUAUGUGUUCACUACUUUGACAAUUAGUCCACAGAUAAAAGGGGAAACCUAGUUUGUUUCUAGUAAUCUUUUCUUCUCCUUCUUUUGUGGAUUUUAUAUGGUGGUUGGCAACCAAUUUUAAGGGGUAUUAACGCAACCAACUGGACUGGAGUGUGGACCUAGUUCAUCUUUCAAUCACCAACGUGGGUAUAUGCACCUAAAAACCAAUGACGAGAUGGGAGAGGUGGGACUUGAAGCGCGUCAAGCAUCUAAAAUAGAACCAAGUUCAACAGAUUCUAUUUUAGCGCCUGGCUACGCAGAUGCUCGUUGACGCGCGCAAGCAGUUUGGAUUAAAUGAUUGAAUAAUAUGUAUGUAUACAUUUAUUUAGCAAUGCUUGCGCACGCAACGCAGGUGGUGUGGUCAGCAUGUUAUGGGGGGUGCCCAGUGUUUUCUCAAACACUUAAACAUAGGGUAGCCAUAACUUGGUACCAACAGAUACACUGUCCUCCUAGAGUUGAUGAAUUUUCUCUUCAUACCAAUAGAUGAUGCGUACAUUUCAUGCAAAUUCUAUCACCAUUAUAUAACCUAGAAUCAAACCCACAUUUUUGUGGUGUGUUUUCCCCCAGAUGGCUGUGCUACUGCAACGUCCCCCAGUUCUGUGACAGUCUGCCGCGGUACGAGACGACCCAGAUCUUUGGUCGGACCCUGCUGCGCUCCGUCUUCACUGUAAUGAGGAAACAGCUACUAGAGCAGGCCAGGCAGGAGAAGGAUAAGCUACCCCCAGAGAAACGCACUCUCAUCCUCACACACUUCCCCAAGUAAGACACACACACACGUACACACGCAUGAGGUAGAGGAGGAUUCCUAGUCUGUGUCUACAGUAGGUGUGAUGAUGAUAUCUGUGUGCCAUAGAUUCCUGUCCAUGUUAGAGGAGGAGGUGUACAGUCACAGCUCUCCCAUCUGGAGUGAAGACUUCCUGGCUGGAUCCUCAGGAGGACCGAUCCCCAUCCAUACAGGUAAAACACACCUGACCUUUAGCCAGCUUGUCCAACACAAUCUCACUUAGAGUUUUACCUUGCUUCAAAAAGUUGAAGUUGGGAAAGUUGUGAUGUGAUUGAUAUGAUGAAUGCUACUCUCCAUUGCUAAAGUAAUCUGAUGAGCUCACCUGUGUAUAAUGACAGUGAUCAGUGCGCCCCCGGUGGCCAGGCCUCUGUACUACAGCACCAGCCCAGUAGCAGUGGACCCAUCCAGCUGUGGCAGUGUCAGUCCUGCCAGGAAGACCGCCUCUGCUCUGGAACCCAGUCCAGGUAAACACAACAGGUUCUACGCACAGAUCUAGGAUCAGCUUAGCCUCCACAAAUUUUAAUCUUAACCAUUAGGGGUCAAAUCUCUCUUUAGAUCAGUUUCUAGGGGCAACUUGACAUAUGAUAUACCUGUGUAGGUGGGCAGAAGCGGAAGCCAUCAGAGCCCCUCCCCCAUGAGGAGACUAAGAAGCUCAGGAUUGUUGGGGACAUCCCCAUGGAACUCAUCAACGAAGUCAUGGCAACCAUCACCGACCCUGCCUCCAUGCUGGGACCAGAGGUAACAUCAAACUCUAUUCAAUCAGAUCCGCUUUAGUUGACAUCCUUAUAGCGGUUGUUUUGGCGGUGUCUGAGGAGAACUGUGUUAGAGCUGUCAAAUCCACAGGUGGCUCCUGGCAUUAUACCUAAAGCAGACAUUGCCAUUGGCUGCACGGAGUCGCAUUAAGAGAAAUCCCAUGCAGCCUUGUUUGCAAGUUUGACCACUGGAAUGCACAAGAGGCUGCUGAGGGGAGGACAGCUCAUAAUAAUGUCCGGAACAGAGCAAAUGGAAUGGCAUCAAACACCUGGAAACCAUGUGUUUGAUGUAUUUAAUACCAUUCCACAAAUUCCACUCCAGUUAUUACCACGAGCCCGUUCUCCCCAAUUAAGGUGCCACCAACCUUCUGUGCUGUAAUGUGAGAUGUAAUAUACACCUGAUUAGGAUGAUUGAAAUCCUAAUUAUUUUGUUUAAUGAUUUUUCAAUUUGAGAGUAAUUAUUUCUAUAUAGCCUACACUUUCUCGUUCUGAACUUCUAACUCGAGUGGGGUCGGUGUGGCUUUGUGACAAUGAUCGCAAGAGCAGCUGCUCACUGAUAUGACGGCUCCAACGCAGUUUCACCUCCAACACCACCAAAACAUCCGCUAUGCGGCUGUCUGUUAUCACCGGUUAACACUUGAUCUGAUUGUAUCUAGGCCUCAAUCAGUCCAAUAUGUAGUCAUCAAUACUUCCAUCACUUGAGUCCAACACAUAUCAUCAAUACUUCCUUUACUUCAGUCCAACACUUAGUCAACAAUACUUUAAUCACUUAACACUCUCUAUUCCAUCUCAGUUAAAAAGUUAGUGGAUAUUAGAUUGUAUGUUUGACUUGCAGUUUAGAACCCCCCAGUAAGUCAAUGUUUUAGAGGCAGUAUUGAGGUUUGAAGGUGAUGAUGAUGGUGAAGCUACUGCUGCUGCUGACGAUAAUGAUGAUGAUGGGACAAAUAUAAGGACACUGCUAAAUCAAAAUGAGUGCUGUAAUAGGACUUGAUGAUGAUGAUGAGGAAGGCUGACGUCAUCCCCCUCCCCCUCCCCACCCCCAGACCAGUCUGCUGUCGGCCCACUCAGCCCGUGAUGAGGCGGCCCGCCUGGAGGAGAGGAGGGGGGUGAUAGAGUUCCAUGUCAUUGGGAACUCCCUCAACCAGAAGCCCAACAAGAGGAUCCUCAUGUGGCUGGUGGGCCUCCAGAAUGUCUUCUCUCACCAGCUGCCUCGCAUGCCCAAAGAGUACAUUACACGCCUCGUCUUCGACCCGUGAGUGUUACCAUAGAGUUCUACCCUGACUGACUGACCACCAUAGAGAAAAAUAUUCCCAACUUUGUAGCACAAAUGAGUAGGUGUGUCCAAACUUUUGACUGUCAAAAGUUUGGACACACCUACUCAUUCCAGGGUUUUUCUUUAUUUUUACUAUUUUCUACAUUGUAGAAUAAUAGUGACGACAUCAAAACUAUGAAAUAACACAUGGAAUCAUGUCGUAACCAAAAAAGUGUUUAACAAAUCUAAAUAUAUUUUAUAUUUGAGAUUCUUCAAAGUAGCCAUCCUUUGCCUUGAAGACAGCUUUGCACACUCUUGGCAUUCUCUCAACCAGCUUCAUGAGGUAGUCACCUGGAAUGCAUUUCAAUUAUUAGGUGUGCCUUGUUAAAAAUUAAUUUGUGGAAUUUCUUUCCUUCUUAAUGCGUUUGAGCCAAUCAGUUGUGUUGUGACAAGGUAGGGGGGGUAUACAGAAGAUAGCCCUAUUUGGUAAAAGACCAAGUCCAUAUUAUGGCAAGACAGCUCAAAUAAGCAAAGAGAAACGACAGUCCAUCAUUACUUUAAGACAUGUGGGUCAGUCAAUCUGGAAAAUGUCAAGAACUUUGAAAGUUUCUUCAAGCGCAGUCGCAAAAACCAUCAAGCGCUAUGAUGAAACUGGCUCUCAUGAGGGCCACCACAGGAAAGGAAGAGUUACCUCUGCUGCAGAGGAUAAGUUCAUUAGAAUUAACUGCACCUCAGAUUGCAGCCCAAAUAAAUGCUUCACAGAGUUCAAGUAACAGACACAUCUCAACAUCAACUGUUCAGAGGAGACUGUGUGAAUCAGGCCUUCAUGGUUGAAUUGCUGCAUAGAAACCACUACUAAAGGACACCAAUAAUAAGAAGAGACCUGCUUGGACCAAGAACAAUGAGCAAUGGACAUUAGACCGGUGGAAAUCUGUCCUUUGGUCUGGAGUCCAAAUUUGAGAUUUUUGGUUCCAACCGCCGUGUCUUUGUGAGACGCAGAGUAGGUGAACGUAUAAUCUCCGCAUGUGUGUUUCCCACCGUGAAGCAUGGAGGAGGAGGUGUGAUGGUGUGGGGGUGCUUUGCUGGUGACACUGUCAGUGAUUUAUUUAGAAUUCAAGGCACACUUAACCAGCAUGGCUACCGCAGCAUUCUGCAGCAAUACGCCAUCCCAUCUGGUUUGCGUUUAGUGGGAAUUUUAUUAGUUUUUCAACAGGACAAUGACCCAAAACACACCUCCAGGCUGUAUAAGGGCUAUUUGACCAAGAAGGAGAGUGAUGGAGUGCUGCAUCAGAUGACCUGGCCUCCACAAACCCCCAACCUUUAAAACAAUUUUUUUUUUUAAUUUCACCUUUAUUUAACCAGGUAAGCCAGUUGAGAACAAGUUCUCAUUUACAACUGCGACCUGGCCAAGAUAAAGCAAAGCAGUGCAAUAAAAACAACAACAACACAGAGUUACAUAUGGGAUAAACAAACAUACAGUCAAAAACACAAUAGAGAAACACAAUAGAAAAUAUAUAUACAGUGUGUGCAAAUGUAGUAAGUUAUGGAGGUAAGGCAAUAAAAUAGGCCAUAGUGCAAAAUAAUAACAAUUUAGUAUUAACACUGGAGUGAUAGAUGUGCAGAAGAUGAUGUGCAAAUAGAGAUACUGGGGUGCAAAUGAGCAAAAUAAAUAACAAUAUGGGGAUGAUGUAGUUGGAUGGGCUAAUUACAGAUGGGCUUUGUACAGGUGCAGUGAUCGGUAAGCUGCUCUGACAACUGAUGCUUAAAGUUAGUGAGGGAGAUAAGAGUCUCCAGCUUCAGAGAUUUUUGCAUUUCGUUCCAGUCUUUGGCAGCAGAGAACUGGAAGGAAUGGCGGCCAAAGGAGGUGUUGGCUUUGGGGAUGACUAGUGCGAUAUACCUGCUGGAACGAAUACUACGGGUGGGUGUUGCUAUGGUGACCAAUGAGCUAAGAUAAGGCGGGGAUUUGCCUAGCAGUGAUUUAUAGAUGACCUGGAGCCAGUGGGUUUGGCGACGAAUAUGUAGUGAGGGCCAGCCAACGAGAGCGUACAGGUCACAAUGGUGGGUAGUAUAUGGGGCUUUGGUGACAAAACUGAUGGAACUGUGAUAGACUACAUCCAAUUUGCUGAGUAGAGUGUUGGAGGCUAUUUUGUAAAUGACAUCGCCGAAGUCAAGGAUCGGUAGGAUAGUCAGUUUUACGAGGGCAUGUUUGGCAGCAUGAGUGAAGGAGGCUUUGUUGCGAAAUUGAAAGCCAAUUCUAGAUUUAACUUUGGAUUGGAGAUGCUUAAUGUGAGUCUGGAAGGAGAGUUUACGGUCUAACCAGACACCUAGGUAUUUGUAGUUGUCCACAUAUUCUAAGUCAGACCCGCCGAGAGUAGUGAUUCUUGUCGGGCGGGCGGGUGCAAGCAGUGUUCGAUUGAAGAACAUGCAUUUAGUUUUACUAGCAUUUAAGAGCAGUUGGAGGCUACAGAAGGAGUGUUGUAUGGCAUUGAAGCUCGUUUGGAGGUUUGUUAACACAGUGUCCAAUGAAGAUGUAUACAAAAUGGUGUCGUCUGCGUAGAGGUGGAUCUGAGAGUCACCAGCAGCAAGAGCGACAUCAUUGAUAUACACAGAGAAUAGAGUCGGCCCGAGAAUUGAACCCUGUGGCACCCCCAUAGAGACUGCCAGAGGUCCAGACAACAGGCCCUCCAAUUUGACACAUUGAACUCUAUCUGAGAAGUAGUUGGUGAUCCAGGCGAGGCAGUCAUUUGAGAAACCAAGGCUAUUUAGUCUGCCAAUAAGAAUGCGGUGGUUGACAGAGUCGAAAGCCUUGGCCAGGUUGAUGAAGACGGCUACACAGUACUGUCUUUUAUCGAUCGCGGUUAUAAUAUCGUUUAGGACCUUGAGCGUAGCUGAGGUGCACCCAUGACCAGCUCGGAAACCAGAUUGCAUAGCGGAGAAGGUACGGUGGGAUUCGAAAUAGUCGGUGAUCUGUUUGUUAACUUGGCUUUCAAAUACUUUCAAAAGGUAGGGCAGGAUGGAUAUAGGUUUCAGACGAUUCGAAAGAGAGGUUGAAAAGGCUAGUAAUAGGGGUUGCGACAAUUUCGGCGGCUAAUUUUAGAAAGAAAGGGUCCAGAUUGUCUAGCCCAGCUGAUUUAUAGGGGUGCAGAUUUUGCAGCUCUUUCAGAACAUCAGUUGUCUGAAUUUGGGUGAAGGAGAAGCGGGGGGACAUGGACAAGUUGCAGCAGAGGGUGCAGAGCUGGUGGCCGGGGUAGGGGUAGCCAGGUGGAAAGCAUGGCCAGCCGUAGCAAAAUGCUUGUUGAAAAUCUCGAUUAUCAUAGAUUUAUCGGUGGUGACAGUGUUUCCUAGCCUCAGUGCAGUGGGCAGCUGGGAGGAGGUGCUCUUAUUCUCCAUGGACUUUACAGUGUCCCAAAACUUUUUGGAGUUAGUGCUACAGGAUGCACAUUUCUGCUUGAAAAAGCUAGCCUUUGCUUUCCUAACUGAUUGUGUAUAUUGGUUCCUGACUUCCCUGAAAAGUUGCAUAUCGCAGGGGCUGUUCGAUGCUAAUGCAGUACGCCACAGGAUGUUUUUGUGCUGGUCAAGGGCAGUCAAGUCUGGGGUGAACCAGGGGGUAUAUCUGUUCUUAGUUCUGAAUUUUUUGAAUGGGGCAUGCUUAUUUAAGAUGGAGAGGAAAGCACUUUUAAAGAACAACCAGGCAUCCUCUACUGACGGAAUGAGGUCAAUAUCCAUCCAGGAUACCCAGGCCAGGUCAAUUAGAAAGGUCUGCUCGCUAAAGUGUUUUAGGGAGCGUUAUUUAGAGUGUAAAUUAGUCAGGAUGAUAUCUAUGAGGGUGCCCAUGUUUACGGAUUUAGGGUUGUACCUGGUAGGUUCCUUGAUAAGUUGUGUGAGAUUGAGGGCAUCUAGUUUAGAUUGUAGGACGGACGGGGUGUUAAGCAUAUCCCAGUUUAGGUCACCAAGCAGUACGAACUCUGAGGAUAGACGGGGGGGCAAUCAAUUCACAUAUGGUGUCCAGGGCACAGCUGGGGGCUGAGGGGGUUCUGUAGCAAGCGGCAACAGUGAGAGACGUAUUUCUGGAAAGGUGGAUUUUUUGAAGUAGAAGCUCAAACUGUUUGGGCACAGACCUGGAUAGUAUGAUAUAUCUCUACAGUAGAUUGCAACUCAGCCCCCUUUGGCAGUUCUAUCUAGACGGAAAAUGUUGUAGUUGGGGAUGGACAUUUCUGAAUUUUUGGUGGCCUUCCUAAGGCAGGAUUCAGACACUGCUAGAACAUCAGGGUUGGCGAAGUGUGCUAACGCAGUGAAUAACUCAAACUUAGGGAGGAGGCUUCUGAUGUUAACAUGCAAGAAACCAAUUGACCUCAACCCAAUUCAGAUGGUUUGGGAUGAGUUGGACCACAGAGUGAAGUAAAAGCAGCCAACAAGUGCUCAGCAUAUGUGGGAACUCCUUCAAGACAUAGUUUUGAUGUCUUCACUAUUAUUCCACAAUGUCGAAAAUAGUAAAAAAUAAAGAAAAAGUUUGGACACACCUACUCAUUCAAGGGUUUUUCUUUCUUUAUUUUUUGACUAUUUUCUACAUUGUAGAAUAAUAGUUAAGACAUCAAGUGGUACAGCGAGUGGCACAGCGGUCUAAGGCACUGCAUCUCAGUGCUUGAGGCGUCACUACAGACCCCCUGGUUCGAUUCACGGCUGUAUCACAACCGGCCGUGAUUGGGAGUCCCAUAGGGCGGCGCACAAUUGGCCCAGCGUCGUCCGGGUUUGGCCGGUGUAGGCCGUCAUUGUAAAUAAGAAUUUGUUCUUAACUGACUUGCCUAGUUAAAUAAAGGUUAAAUAAAAAUAAAUAAAAACAUAUGCUGAGCACUUGUUGGCUGCUUUUCCUUCACUCUGCCGUCCGACUCAUCCCAAACCAUCUCAAUUGGGUUGAGGUCGGGGUAUUGUGGAGGCCAGGUCAUCUGAUGCAGCACUCCAUCACUCUCCUUCUUGGUAAAAUAGCCCUUACACAACCUGGAGGUGUGUUUGGUCAUUGUCCUGUUGAAAAAGAAAUGAUAGGCCCACUAAGCCCAAACCAGAUGGGAUGGCGUAUUGCUGCAGAAUGCUGUGGUAGUCAUGCUGGUUAAGUGUGCCUUGAAUUCUAAAUAAAUCACAGACAGUGUCACCAGCAAAGCACCCCCACACCAUAACACCUCCUUCUCCAUGCUUUACGGUGGGAAAUACACAGGCAGAGAUGAUCCAUUCACCCACACCACGUCUCACAAAGACACAGUGGUUGGAACCAAAAAUCUCCAAUUUGGACUCCAGACUGGUAACUCUAUUGAACUUAUCCUCUGCAGCAGAGGUAACUCUGGGUCUUCCAUUGCUGUGUCGAUCCUCAUGAGAGCCAGUUUCAUCAUAGCGCUUGAUAGUUGUUGCGACUGCACUUGAAGAAACCUUUAAAGUUCUUGACAUUUUCCAGAUUGACUGACCUUCAUGUCUUAAAGUAAUGAUGGACUGUCGUUUCUCUUUGCUUAUUUGAGCUGUUCUUGCCAUAAUAUGGACUUGGUCUUUUACCAAAUAGGGCUAUCUCCUGUAUACCCCUCUACCUUCUCACAACACAACUGAUUGGCUCAAAUGCAUUAAGAAGGAAAGAAAUUCCACAAAUUAACUUUUAAGAAGGCACACCUGUUACUUGAAAUGCAUUCCAGGUGACUACCUCAUGAAGCUGGUUGAGAGAAUGCCAAGCGUGUGCAAAGCUAUCAUCAAGGCACAGGAUGGCUAUUUGAAGAAUCUCAAAUAUAAAAUAUAUUUUGAUUUGUAUAACACUUUUUUGGUUACUACAUGAUUCCAUAUGUGUUAUUUCAUAGUUUUGAUGUCUUCACUAUUAUUCUACAAUGUAAAAAAUACAGAAAAACCCUUGAAUGAGUAGGUGUGUCCAAACCUUUGACUGGUAGUAUAUAUAUACACACACACAUCUUAAAAAAUAUAUUUUCCUUUAUUAUUUUCCCCUAACUCUACCACCCCUCCACUAAUUGGAGUAAACUAGUGAACAACAACACUUAGGCUUCUACUUCCAGCUUAUACAUACUAUACAGUGGGGAAAAAAAGUAUUUAGUCAGCCACCAAUUGUGCAAGUUCUCCCACUUAAAAAGAUGAGAGAGAACUUGAAUUGUCAUCAUAGGUACACGUCAACUAUGACAGACAAAUUGAGAAAAAAAAAUCCAGAAAAUCACAUUGUAGGAUUUUUAAUGAAUUUAUUUGCAAAUUAUGGUGGAAAAUAAGUAUUUGGUCACCUACAAACAAGCAAGAUUUCUGGCUCUCACAGACCUGUAACUUCUUCUUUAAGAGGCUCCUCUGUCCUCCACUCGUUACCUGUAUUAAUGGCACCUGUUUGAACUUGUUAUCAGUAUAAAAGACACCUGUCCACAACCUCAAACAGUCACACUCCAAACUCCACUAUGGCCAAGACCAAAGAGCUGUCAAAGGACACCAGAAACAAAAUUGUAGACCUGCACCAGGCUGGGAAUACUGAAUCUGCAAUAGGUAAGCAGCUUGGUUUGAAGAAAUCAACUGUGGGAGCAAUUAUUAGGAAAUGGAAGACAUACAAGACCACUGAUAAUCUCCCUCGAUCUGGGGCUCCACGCAAGAUCUCACCCCGUGGGGUCAAAAUGAUCACAAGAACGGUGAGCAAAAAUCCCAGAACCACACGGGGGGACCUAGUUAAUGACCUGCAGAGAGCUGGGACCAAAGUAACAAAGCCUACCAUCAGUAACACACUACGCCGCCAGAGACUCAAAUCCUGCAGUGCCAGACGUGUCCCACUGCUUAAGCCAGUAUAUGUCCAGGCCCGUCUGAAGUUUGCUAGAGUGCACAGAAGAGGAUUGGGAGAAUGUCAUAUGGUCAGAUGAAACCAAAAUAGAACUUUUUGGUAAAAACUCAACUCGUCGUGUUUGGAGGACAAAGAAUGCUGAGUUGCAUCCAAAGAACAGCAUACCUACUGUGAAGCAUGGGGGUGGAAACAUCAUGCUUUGGGGCUGUUUUUCUGCAAAGGGACCAGGACGACUGAUCCGUGUAAAGGAAAGAAUGAAUGGGGCCAUGUAUCAUGAGAUUUUGAGUGAAAACCUCCUUCCAUCAGCAAGGGCAUUGAAGAUGAAACGUGGCUGGGUCUUUCAGCAUGACAAUGAUCCCAAACACACCGCCCGGGCAACGAAGGAGUGGCUUCGUAAGAAGCAUUUCAAGGUCCUGGAGUGGCCUAGCCAGUCUCCAGAUCUCAACCCCAUAGAAAAUAUUUGGAGGGAGUUGAAAGUCCGUGUUGCCCAGCGACAGCCCCAAAACAUCACUGCUCUAGAGGAGAUCUGCAUGGAGGAAUGGGCCAAAAUACCAGCAACAGUGUGUGAAAACCUUGUGAAGACUUACAGAAAACGUUUGACCUGUGUCAUUGCCAACAAAGGGUAUAUAACAAAGUAUUGAGAAACUUUUGUUAUUGACCAAAUACUUAUUUUCCACCAGAAUUUGCAAAUAAAUUCAUUAAAAAUCCUACAAUGUGAUUUUCUGGAUUUUUUUUCUCAUUUUGUCUGUCAUAGUUGACGUGUACCGAUGAUGAAAAUUACAGGCCUCUCUCAUCUUUUUAAGUGGGAGAACUUGCACAAUUGGUGGCUGACUAAAUACUUUUUUUCCCCACUGUAUACAUUUUACGGACACAAUCUAUUUUACAAUAGUUAUCUUUUGUUUGUUUUCAAGCCUAUCUUUCCGCUACCCGUAACCACUCCAAUCUAUUUCUGAAGACCAUCCAGUUUGAUUUCUAUUUUCCACAUAUUUUUAACUAUGACAUCAAUGUUGAGGUGAAUGAGAACAUUGGAACUGUUCACUUCCUUUCCAAACAGGAAGCACAAGACUCUGUCGCUGAUCAAAGAUGGCCGUGUGAUCGGAGGGAUCUGCUUCCGGAUGUUCCCCUCGCAGGGCUUCACAGAGAUCGUGUUCUGUGCCGUCACCUCCAACGAGCAGGUCAAGGUAUGAGUCUGCAGCUCUUCUAGCCUGGUCCCAGAUCUGUUUGUGCUGUCUUUCCAACUCCUAUGGUCAUAUUUGACAUGACAGUGACCAUAGGACUUGGCUAUACACAAACAGACAAACAGUUCUGGGACCAGGCUACAGUUCCUUUUCUGGUCACAUUUCUGUUGGUAUUAACUGAUAUGACUGAUAUUUAUUCUACUGCCAUUGGGCUCAGUGCCUCACGCUUCUUGAUUGGUCAGUUUUGACCUUUGACCCCUACCUAUUGUUUAAAGGGAUACGGCACUCACCUGAUGAACCAUCUGAAGGAGUACCACAUCAAGCAUGACAUCCUCAACUUCCUCACCUACGCAGACGAGUACGCCAUUGGCUACUUCAAAAAGCAGGUCAGUACAUGAUUGGCUUCUUAAAAAGAUCAGAAAAUGGCAUUGGUUAUCUUGCAAUGUAUUGUGAAACAUCAAUAAACUGUGGGUCUUUGCAAAAAUUGACCAUUCUUACAUCUCUCUCUUUCUCUGUCUCUGUCUCUCUCUCUCUCCAUCUCUCUCUCUGUGUCUCAGGGCUUCUCUAAAGACAUCAAGGUUCCCAAGGCCAAGUAUCUGGGCUACAUCAAAGACUAUGAGGGAGCGACGCUGAUGGGCUGUGAGCUCAACCCCAGCAUCCCUUACACUGAGUUUUCUGUCAUUAUCAAGAAGCAGAAGGAGGUGUGUGUGUGUGCCUACAACGUCUAUUUGUAUAAUAAAUUGAGUUACCUAAGUUCUCUCUCUCUCUUUCUGUCUCUCUCCCUUCCGCUAUCGCUCCCUCUCUCUCCCUCCCUCCCUCUUUCAGAUCAUAAAGAAACUGAUAGAGAGAAAGCAGGCUCAGAUCAGAAAGGUCUACCCAGGACUUUCCUGUUUUAAGGAAGGAGUUCGACAGAUUCCCAUCGAGAGCAUUCCUGGAAUACGUACGUUUCUCCUCCUGUCAUUAUAUAAGUCUACCUUCAGCAUAGGUUCAAAGGAUGCGUCCCAAAUGGCACCCUAUUCCCUACAUACAGUGGGGGAAAAAAGUAUUUAGUCAGCCACCAAUUGUGCAAGUUCCCCCACUUAAAAAGAUGAGAGAGGCCUGUAAUUUUCAUCAUAGGUACACGUCAACUAUGACAGACAAAAUGAGAAAUAAAAUCCAGAAAAUCACAUUGUAGGAUUUUUAAUGAAUUUAUUUGCAAAUUAUGGUGGAAAAUAAGUAUUUGGUCAAUAACAAAAGUUUCUCAAUACUUUGUUAUAUACCCUUUGUUGGCAAUGACACAGGUCAAACGUUUUCCGUAAGUCUUCACAAGGUUUUCACACACUGUUGCUGGUAUUUUGGCCCAUUCCUCCAUGCAGAUCUCCUCUAGAGCAGUGAUGUUUUGGGGCUGUCGCUGGGCAACACGGACUUUCAACUCCCUCCAAAUAUUUUCUAUGGGGUUGAGAUCUGGAGACUGGCUAGGCCACUCCAGGACCUUGAAAUGCUUCUUACGAAGCCACUCCUUCGUUGCCCGGGCGGUGUGUUUUGGGAUCAUUGUCAUGCUGAAAGACCCAGCCACGUUUCAUCUUCAAUACCCUUGCUGAUGGAAGGAGGUUUUCACUCAAAAUCUCACGAUACAUGGCCCCAUUCAUUCUUUCCUUUACACGGAUCAGUCGUCCAGGUCCCUUUGCAGAAAAACAGCCCCAAAGCAUGAUGUUUCCACCCCCAUGCUUCACAGUAGGUAUGGUGUUCUUUGGAUGCAACUCAGCAUUCUUUGUCCUCCAAACACGACGAGUUGAGUUUUUACCAAAAAGUUAUAUUUUGGUUUCAUCUGACCAUAUGACAUUCUCCCAAUCCUCUUCUGGAUCAUCCAAAUGCACUCUAGCAAACUUCAGACGGGCCUGGACAUGUACUGGCUUAAGCAGGGGGACACGUCUGGCACUGCAGGAUUUGAGUCCCUGGCGGCGUAGUGUGUUACUGAUGGUAGGCUUUGUUACUUUGGUCCCAGCUCGCUGCAGGUCAUUCACUAGGUCCCCCCGUGUGGUUCUGGGAUUUUUGCUAACCGUUCUUGUGAUCAUUUUGACCCCACGGGGUGAGAUCUUGUGUGGAGCCCCAGAUCGAGGGAGAUUAUCAGUGGUCUUGUAUGUCUUCCAUUUCCUAAUAAUUGCUCCCACAGUUGAUUUCUUCAAACCAAGCUGCUUACCUAUUGCAGAUUCAGUCUUCCCAGCCUGGUGCAGGUCUACAAUUUUGUUUCUGGUGUCCUUUGACAGCUCUUUGGUCUUGGCCAUAGUGGAGUUUGGAGUGUGACUGUUUGAGGUUGUGGACAGGUGUCUUUUAUACUGAUAACAAGUUCAAACAGGUGCCAUUAAUACAGGUAACGAGUGGAGGACAGAGGAGCCUCUUAAAGAAGAAGUUACAGGUCUGUGAGAGCCAGAAAUCUUGCUUGUUUGUAGGUGACCAAAUACUUAUUUUCCACCAUAAUUUGCAAAUAAAUUCAUUCAAAAUCCUACAAUGUGAUUUUCUGGAUUUUUUUUUCUCCAUUUGUCUGUCAUAGUUGACAUGUACCUAUGAUGGAAAUUACAGGCCUCUCUCAUCUUUUUAAGUGGGAGAACUUGCACAAUUGGUGGCUGACUAAAUACUUUUUUUCCCCACUGUAUGGGCCCUGGUCAAACGUAGGGCACUAUAUAGGGAAUAUGGUGCCAUUUGGGACACAGUUAAAGGCACAUCUCCAAAGAGGUAGCAGUGAAGUGGGGUAGUAAAGAAGUGUGUGGACAGUGUCUCUAGUUUAACUCAACUCUUUUUUGUCACCAGGAGAAACUGGAUGGAAACCGGUGGGCAAAGGGUGAGUGAUUCUUUCAGUAAAACAAAUGUAAGGGCUUUUAAGUUUUCCUUCGAAAGCUUGGCCAGUGAGCUACCACUGUCAUCGUCAUGGUAACUCUGACAGAAAAUGAGGUGAUAUCAACGUCCUGUUUCCUGUUGUGAUCCCAGGAAAGAGCUGAAGGAUCCAGAUCAGCUGUACAGCACCCUGAAGACCAUCCUACAACACGUUAAGGUGAGGGACACGCACAUACACAUGCAUGCAAACUCACUCUCUCUCGCUCACACGCACGCACACAUGCAUGCAAUCACCCACCCACUCACUCACUCUCAAAUGCACACACACCAACUCGUAGCCCCACACACACAGGUUUCUCACUAUGUGUUAUGUGUUAUAGAGUCACCAGAAUGCCUGGCCGUUCAUGGAACCAGUGAAGAAGACUGAGGCUCCUGGCUACUACCAAGUCAUCCGCUUCCCCAUGGGUAUGUAUGGCAUUACGUAUGGAACACAUCUGUGGAUGGGUCAACUCUUCAGGGGAAGGAAUAUAGCCAUACAUAACUUGUAAGCAAACAAAUAUGGAUGAUUGAAUUGAGUCAGAUACAGUGUCUUCAGAAAGUAUUCAUACCGCUUGACUUGUUCCACAUUUUGUUGUGUUACAGCCUGAAUUCAAAAUGGAUUCAAUAUAUUUUUUUCUCACCCAUCUACACACAAUACCCCAUAAUGACAAAGUGUUUGCUAAUUUAUUGAAGAAUAUAAUAAUAAUAAUAAUAUGCCAUUUAGCAGACGCUUUUAUCCAAAGCGACUUACAGUCAUGCGUGCAUACAUUUUUGUGUAUGGGUGGUCCCGGGGAUCGAACCCACUACCCUGGCGUUACAAGUGCCGUGCUCUACCAGCUGAGCUACAGAGGACCACAAGAAGGCCAUUGAAGGCCGAAACGUCAAUCUUUUAAACUUGUCUAAUAAAACUACACAUUUUUUUAUGGUGAGCGAGCAUUGCACCUUUUCCUGUCCAUUGAAAAUGACAUAUAGAAAUAUCUCAUUUACAUAAGUAUUCACACCCCUGAAUCAAUCCGUAUAGAAGCACCUUUGGCAGUGAUUACAGCUGUGAGUAUUUCUGGGUAAAUCUCUUAGAGCUUUCCACACCUGGAUUAUGCAACAUUUUCCCAUUAUUCUUAAAACAAUUCUUCAAGCUCUGUCAAAUUGGUUGUUGAUCAUUGCUUGACAACCAUUUUCAGGUCGGCCACUCAGGAACAUUCACUGUCUUCUUGGUAAGCAACUCCAGUGUAGAUUUGGCCUUGUGUUUUAGGUUAUUGUCCUGCUGAAAGGUGAAUUCAUCUCCUAGUGUCUGGUAGAAAGCAGACUGAACCAGGUUUCCACUAGGAUUUUGCCUGUGGUUAGCUCCAGUCCGUAUAUACAGUGGGGGAAAAAAGUAUUUAGUCAGCCACCAAUUGUGCAAGUUCUCCCACUUAAAAAGAUGAGAGAGGCCUGUAAUUUUCAUCAUAGGUACACGUCAACUAUGACAGACAAAAUGAGAUUUUUUUUCUCCAGAAAAUCACAUUGUAUGAUUUUUAAUGAAUUUAUUUGCAAAUUAUGGUGGAAAAUAAGUAUUUGGUCAAUAACAAAAGUUUCUCAAUACUUUGUUAUAUACCCUUUGUUGGCAAUGACACAGGUCAAACGUUUUCUGUAAGUCUUCACAAGGUUUUCACACACUGUUGCUGGUAUUUUGGCCCAUUUCUCCAUGCAGAUCUCCUCUAGAGCAGUAAUGUUUUGGGGCUGUCGCUGGGCAACACGGACUUUCAACUCCCUCCAAAGAUUUUCUAUGGGGUUGAGAUCUGGAGACUGGCUAGGCCACUCCAGGACCUUGAAAUGCUUCUUACGAAGCCACUCCUUCGUUGCCCGGGCGGUGUGUUUGGGAUCAUUGUCAUGCUGAAAGACCCAGCCACGUUUCAUCUUCAAUGCCCUUGCUGAUGGAAGGAGGUUUUCACUCGAAAUCUCACGAUACAUGGCGCCAUUCAUUCUUUCCUUUACACGGAUCAGUCGUCCUGGUCCCUUUGCAGAAAAACAGCCCCAAAGCAUGAUGUUUCCACCCCCAUGCUUCACAGUAGGUAUGGUGUUCUUUGGAUGCAACUCAGCAUUCUUUGUCCUCCAAACACGACGAGUUGAGUUUUUACCAAAAAGUUCUAUUUUGGUUUCAUCUGACCAUAUGACAUUCUCCCAAUCCUCUUCUGGAUCAUCCAAAUGCACUCUAGCAAACUUCAGACGGGCCUGGACAUGUACUGGUUUAAGCAGGGGGACACGUCUGGCGCUGCAGGAUUUGAGUCCCUGGCGGCGUAGUGUGUUACUGAUGGUAGGCUUUGUUACUUUGGUCCCAGCUCUCUGCAGGUCAUUCACUAGGUCCCCCCGUGUGGUUCUGGGAUUUUUGCUCACCGUUCUUGUGAUCAUUUUGACCCCACGGGGUGAGAUCUUGCGUGGAGCCCCAGAUCGAGGGAGAUUAUCAGUGGUCUUGUAUGUCUUCCAUUUCCUAAUAAUUGCUCCCACAGUUGAUUUCUUCAAACCAAGCUGCUUACCUAUUGCAGAUUCAGUCUUCCCAGCCUGGUGCAGGUCUACAAUUUUGUUUCUGGUGUCCUUUGACAGCUCUUUGGUCUUGGCCAUAGUGGAGUUUGGAGUGUGACUGUUUGAGGUUGUGGACAGGUGUCUUUUAUACUGAUAACAAGUUCAAACAGGUGCCAUUAAUACAGGUAACGAGUGGAGGACAGAGGAGCCUCUUAAAGAAGAAGUUACAGGUCUGUGAGAGCCAGAAAUCUUGCUUGUUUGUAGGUGACCAAAUACUUAUUUUCCACCAUAAUUUGCAAAUAAAUUCAUUAAAAAUCCUACAAUGUGAUUUUCUGGAUUUUUUCCCCUCAAUUUGUCUGUCAUAGUUGACGUGUACCUAUGAUGAAAAUUACAGGCCUCUCUCAUCUUUUUAAGUGGGAGAACUUGCACAAUUGGUGACUGACUAAAUACUUUUUUUCCCCACUGUAUAUUUUUUCCUGAAAAACUCCCCAGUCCGUAACGAUAACAAGCAUACACAUGCUUGAAAAUAUGGAGAGUGGUACUCAGUAAUGUGUUGUAUUGGAUUUGCCCCAAACGUAACACUUUGUAUUCAGGACAAAAAGUUAAUUGCUUUGCCACAUUUUUUGCAGUAUUACUUCAGUGCCUUGUUGCAAACAGGAUGCAUGUUUUGGAAUAUUUGUAUUCUGUACAGGCUUCCUUAUUUUAACUCUGUCAAUUAGGUUAGUAUUGUAGAGUAACUACAAAGUUGUUGAUCCAUCCUCAGUUUUCUCCUAUCACAGACGUUAAACUCUAACUGUUUUAAAGUCACCAUUGGCCUCAUGGUGAAUUCCCUGAGCAGUUUCCAUCCUCUCCGGCAACGGAGUUAGGAAAGACACCUGUAUAUUUGUAGUGACUGGGUGUAUUGAUACACCAUCCAAAGUUUAAUUAAUAACUUCACCAUGCUCAAAGGGAUAUUCAAUUUUUACCGAUCUACCAAUAGGUUCCCUUCUUUGCGAGGCAUUGGAAAACUUCCCUGGUCUUUGUGGUUGAAUCUGUGUCUGAAAUUCACUGCUCGGCUGAGGGACCUUGCAGGUAAUUGUAUGUGUAGGGUACAGAGAUGAGGUAGUCAUUCAAAAGUCAUGUUAAACACUAUUGUUAUUAGUUCAUGCAACUUAUUAUGUGACUUGUUGAGAAAUAUUUUACUCCUGAACUUAUUUAGGCUUGCCAUACCAAAGGGGUUGAAUACUUAUUGACGCAAGACAUUUCAGCUUUUCAUUUUUUAUUAAUUUGUAAACAUUUCUAAAAACAUAAUUCCACUUUGACAUUAUGGGGUAUUGUGUCCAGUUACACAACAAAAUGUGAAAAGUCAAGAGGUGUGAAUACUUUCCAUCCUAACAAUGGGAUUCCUUGUCCAGAGCGGAACAGCGGGCUGUCAAGCUCCCACCUAUUCCUCUAUUUAUAUGAAUACUUUUUAAAAUAUUCAAUGAGGGGUGUUGACGUCAAUGUCUGUAUUCAACGGAGAGUGAGAUGCUACGCUGAAUAUGCAUAGAGCGUCUUAUUUAUUUGAUUUGAUUUUGGGCGGAGUAAACCCUCUUGCUUCGCCUCUUCCUCUCUGGGAUAGUUACCUACAUGUUGUGCUGUGUGAUUAUCUCCAGACCUGAAGACGAUGUCGGAGCGUCUGAAGAGCAGGUACUACACCACGCGGAAGCUCUUCAUGGCCGACAUGCAGCGCAUCUUCACCAACUGUCGCGAGUACAAUCCGCCAGAGAGCGAGUACUACAAGUGUGCCAACCUGCUAGAGAAGUUCUUCUACACCAAGAUCAAGGAGGCAGGCCUCAUUGAGAAGUGA